GUUUCUAUUGCGAGUGGCUUAUUUUUUUGCUUUUCCUCCAGCCGUUUGUUGAGGUUGCUCCUGCAACGAGAUAGCUGUAUCACUCGAGUGCUAAACGUGGCUGCAUCAACAACCGAGUGCUAAAGAGAAGCUCUUCCGCAAGGUGAAAGAAUUAUCCCCGGCACGACUUCGACGCGUCUACUCUAUUCGUUGGUCUACUCUCUACUUAAAAUCGACAUCCUUGAUUGUACUAACUAGUUGUUUUCGCCCUCUGGAUGUCGAAGACGCCGUCUGUUUUGGACGACAAUUCAUCGCACGACAAAGACUGCAGUUCAUUGUCGCGGCACUAGCACUGCUAGCACGACCCACCAACCAUGACGCUCCUGGGCCGCGCGAUUCGCGGCCAGUACAAGGCUGCUCUGCAGCACCAAUCAACCAAACCGGCGUUCUACAGUUCACCCUUCGCUUUCAACCGCAACUUUGCGACCGCGGUGGCCCCGGCUUCCUCCGUGACGACGACCAGCCCGACCGCACCGCUGAAGCUGAUUUCGCAAGUGCAGAGGAACAUCCUCACGGAUAUGCUGAGCAAAAACGUCCCCACCCCAUAGUUAAGCUUGUAAAUCUGCAACACAAAUCUUCAAGUUUUGGGAGUUGUGCAUGACAAGUUUUCAUCUGCAGUAUUGUGGUGCUUGGCAAGGGAAGCCGCAUGGGAAAGCCAUUUUCUCAUGCUGUUUACAGCAUUACAAAAGCCAAAACACGACUGGAAACGCCUGUCAUGGGAAUGCGCAUUACAGAUGCUCCUGCCAUUGCACAUUUGCAUGACAACUCUGGGGUGCGGACGUUUUUACACAGGAUAACGGAGGCGCAGCGCUGCAUCAUCCUGGCCGGGCUGGCGCAGAACCCGAACGUGCCACAGUACGACAAUCCGAUCGGGACGCCGAACAAUGACAUGCGGCGGUUCGGCGACGUGCCCCACGGGUACCGGCACGGGCACCUGGUGAACUCGCUAUCAAAUGCAAAAAAGUCUGGGUCUGGGAGAUUCCGAGCUUUGUCAUGCAGUUUUUCCAAGUUCCCCCACGUCUGGAAUGCAGGGCCUAGCAUCACAGGUUCUGCAGCUCCUUGGUGACGCGUGUUCUGCAUGAGAAAUGCUCUCUCAGCAUGGCCAGAAGUGGGCACCUUUUGCACGUUAUGCAUCACAGAUCUUUGUAGGAUCCGAAACACGCAUCACAAGUUCGCAUCCUUCCAGACCCAGACAUUUUUGCAUUUGAUACUCGCAGCACACCCGCAACACCGCCCAGUACACGAAAAAGUUGCUGCCGAUCAUCUACUACGCAUUUUUGCAAAAGCAUCGCUAUCGGUUCUCGACGUGGGUGGAACUGGAAUCGCAUUUACAAUACAAAUUUCAUCUCCGGGAUGAACACAUAGGGAAAAGUUUGUCAUGCUGGAAAGGGUAAAAGAAAGAUAUGUGUCAUGACUAAUUCGCAUUUCGUACGACUGCGAGCAAAAUGCUUUGGCACUGCAUACCUACUUUCACUUCGUCGAGGUGGUGUGGCUGCUCAUCAUGUACCAGUUUUCGUAAACGAGAACGAGGGUCUGGGUGCUUCACCGUUUACGCUCACUUGCUGCAGAACGAGUGGCACUUUACAACAACUACAGAUGUUGCUGCAGGAGGUUGAAGCUCAGGCUCUGUUUCAUGCCGUGCUGAGGUGUGUGAUGUAGAUGUACACCAGAUGGUCCUUGUCUGGCAGGUCGUCCCUAUAGUAUAAGCCGCAAGAGUUGAUAGAACAAAGACAAAGACGAGAAAUAGGAGCAACUUCAACAUCAAACUAGAGAUCAUCGCGAGGACAUCAAAAAAAUGGCUUGGACGAGGUUUUGGAGGCAUUAAUCAACACGAUAAAAGAUUAUAUCAUGCGUUUGAGGAACAAGAAAGGUGCCAGUGUGUGGUUGGGAUAGGUAAAGGUAUUCUGGUGUGCUAUAAACGAUUUCAAAAUAUUUUAUUUUACCUGUGGUUUUAGUAUGUGCAGAUCGAUGCAGGAAGCAGGGCCGCACAUGGGACAUUCGGCGGUAUAUGUUGUAUUCUCGAAUUCAAAUGUGCAGAAAGACAUGCCAAA